AUGAGUCCCUCCAGACGAUCCUUGACCAUUGAUGAUGAUGAGUGUCAGAAGUCCUCCUACCAGAGCGCAUUGACAGAUGCCAUCCUUUUCGACGAUCCUGACACUCUCGAAUCGCUAUUUCAACUGGGUGUUGACCCGAACACGACUGUGUGUGAAGGUGGUGAGCUUCCCCUCAUAGUGGCUGCCAUGCAUGGUUCUGUUCAGGCAGUGUACACCAUUCUCAAUUAUGGUGCGUCACUUACUGCCGCUGAUAGAUACGGUAACACGGCCCUCCAUUGGGCGGCAGUGGCAGGCAGCAUCUAUUGUGCGCAUAUCCUUCUUCAGCAUGGAAUCGACAUUAAUAGAUUAAACUACAUGAACGCCACGCCCCUAAUGAAUGCCAUUUCCUUCCAGAACAUUGACGUCGCAAUAUAUCUGCUCUGGAAUGGUGCCUCCACGACACCUGAAUUGAACGUUUAUGAGGAAUCGGCCCUCACUUGCGCAUCUUCUACGGGUGACGUUGCCAUCGUGGAGCUCAUUUUGGCAGUAGAAGUCCCGGUGGAGCAUCGGAUUAGAGACUUGUACGCUUCUCUCGGACAGGCUGCGGUAGGUGGACAUAUGGAGGUGGUGCAAUUCUUGCUUGAUAAUGGAGCUCCUGUCGAUCUCCCCAACACUACGAUUGAGAGUCCUCUUAAUCUAGCCAUUUGUGGUGGCGAUGAGUCAAUUGUACGCCUCCUUCUUUCCCGAGGGGCAAAUACUGAGACCGUUAAUCGGUAUGGCUACACACCACUCAUGGAGGCUGCAAUAAGGCGAAAUGUGAAUGCAGUCACUGCUCUCCUAUCUGCAGGCGCCAACAUAACUACCGUGAGUGAAAAAACUAGAGAAACGGCUUACGCUUUGGCCGAAGAACAAGGUUACUUUGAAAUCUGCGAUAUUCUAAUGGAAUCCCUGGAUGUCAAAAAUUUGUAG